AAUAUCAGCCGAAUCAUAUAUUUCCACAUCGGAUAAUACCUAUAUCCCACCUAUAUAUGUCACAUAAAAAUAAAAAACAACAAUUUUCACGCGAUCUCAAAAUCUCGAAUUCGUAUAUUAAGGCCGACAACAGACGAAAGUAGAGUCCUCAGGAGGCCAAUCACCCGAAAUAUAUACUUUUGUUUUGACGGAUGAUGUUUUCCUGAUAUCGCAAGGAUGUCGACACCCGCGAGGAAGCGACUAAUGAGGGAUUUCAAGCGGUUGCAGCAGGAUUCUCCGGCUGGCAUCAGUGGUGCACCUUGUGAUAAUAACAUUAUGCUAUGGAAUGCUGUUAUAUUUGGCCCAGACGACACUCCUUGGGAUGGAGGGACAUUUAAGCUGACUCUUCAAUUUUUGGAAGAUUACCCAAAUAAGCCACCAACGGUGCGGUUUAUAUCUAGAAUGUUUCAUCCAAACAUUUAUGCUGAUGGAAGUAUUUGCUUGGAUAUUCUGCAAAAUCAAUGGAGUCCGAUAUAUGACGUAGCUGCGAUACUUACUUCUAUCCAGUCUCUGCUCUGUGAUCCAAAUCCCAACUCACCAGCCAACUCUGAAGCUGCACGGUUGUUUAGCGAGAACAAACGUGAAUACAAUAGGAAGGUGCGUGAAAUUGUUGAGCAGAGUUGGACGGCGGAUUAAUUGUUCACUUAGAAGUUGUGUAACAGGAGAUUGCAAUUGUUAGAGCUAGGGUUGAUGUUGCAGGAUCCUUUCUCCUUUGUAGUAUUGUCUUUCAGUCAAAUGCUUUUUUUUUUUUUUUUUUGUACCAUUGCUACAUUAGUGACUGAUGUUGUUGGGAAAACAUUUUUAAGAAGAUUAUGUCAUGUGUUUGUCCCCAUGGACUCCCAAAGCGUCUUCAUCAAAAUGCGUUGUGUUCUCCUGCGUGGCAAUGUAUGUACAUAAUGAUAUGUUGUAUCCGAUUUCGUGAAAGUCUAUGGAACUUGCAACUUUAUUCUUUUGCCAUUACUCUAUCUUAAUAAAUUUCAGGUGUUCAAUUCU